GUCCUCCGGCGCGCUUCACCCGCGACACGCGCCGCUUGCGAAGUCAUGUGACAAGCGCACUAGGCGAGUGUCGGCCCUUCUCAUGGCGCGCUCCCCGAAGGCCAAGGCGGCUCAUCGCCGCAGCAGGAGCCACUCCCGGGAGCUCACCAGGAUCCGAGCUCAACUUUACGCAAAAGGUAACAUUCAGUCCAAUGGUGAUUGGAUGACGGUCUCGGGUCGGUCGCCGGACAAAGAGCAACCGCCCUCGCAGCAGAUCAGCCACGCCGAGCCGCUGGUGCAGUCGGUGCGUGCGUACCUGUCACGCGAACUGCCCGCCGAGCCGCCCUCGCCUUCGCCCCCGCUCUGCCAUGCCGACAUAGCGGCCGACACCGCGCACGAAGAGAUCAAAGGCAUCAACUUUGAGCCCCGCCUUCGUCGGAAUGAUCUGAACAAUAACGCGUCCGCCCGUCAGAACGAAUCGCGUGAAAUGCCUAACCUAGCAGAACUGUUGCAGCGACAGCCGCUGUUGUCGCGCAAGGCGGACGCCCCGCAGCCCACGACCGACGAAUCGGACCCAGAGCAUUCGCCCCAGCGCACCCACGCCGGUGACUUUAUCGUCGAACUGCCGCCGGGCACCAUCAGGGAAGAGCGUUACCCGAAAGAGAUAGGCAAGACCAUCGUGUCGUUCUUUUUCCUAUUUAUAUGCGUGUGUAUCAACAUGAUGUCCCUGUCGCUCGUUCACGAGCGGCUCCCGGACAGGAACACCACUGCGCCGCUCAGCGACAUCGUUCUCGACAACGUGACCGCUAGAGACUGGGGCCUGUCCGUCUCCGAGUACCUCAUAAUGAUUUCGACCACUGUGGCGAUGCUCGUCGUCAUUCUGCAUAAGCAUCGCUUCAUCGUCGCCCGCCGCCUCUUCUUCAUCAUCGGGCUACUCUACUUGUAUCGAUCUCUCACCAUGUACGUGACGGUCCUGCCCGUGUCCAGCACCACGUACUACUGCAGUCCGAAGAGCAACAACACUACGCCUCUCCUUAUCAUCAAGCGAAUGUUCUAUUUGAUAUCCGGGUUCGGGCUAUCGAUCAACGGCAAGCAUACUUACUGCGGAGACUUCAUUUACUCCGGGCACACCAUGAUCCUCGUGCUGAGCUACUUGAUAGUGGCGGAGUACUCGCCCAAGAAGCUGUGGCCGAUGCACUGGGCCAUGUGGGCAUCGGCGUGCGUGGGCGUGGUGUUCGUGCUGGUGGCCCACGGCCACUACACCGUGGACGUGGUCAUCGCCUACUACAUCACCACGCGCCUCUUCUGGACCUUCCACUCGCUGCUGGUGACGCCGCACCGCGCCGGUGGCGGCUACAACCACUACAUGAUCCAACGCGAGUGGUGGUACUGGCUGUUCACGUACCUGGAGGGCAACGUGCGCGGCCCCGUACCGCGCCGCUACGACUGGCCGCUCUUCUGGCCGCGCACGAAGCUCUUUAGCCGCCUCAGCUAGUGACGCGCGCGCCCGCCGUCGCCUCCGCCACCGGAACGCGUAUGACGCUCACCUUCUGCGAAUGCCGCUUCAGCACCUGCAGCUCUUUGGGGCUGGUUCGCGUGCAAAUCGCCAGAGUGAGCGUGUAGUCGAACUGAUGGACGAUCAAGUUCAGGUAGACGGUCUCCUCCCAGUCGAUCUCGGGGUCGCCGAUCGGGAGCUUCUUGGAGUCCUUGCGGAAGACCUCGACGUCGGUCUGCGAAAAAACAGGGCGGCGCCGCGGCGCUUUAGUGUGGAUCUGAAUGUGUCGCGUGUGGCUCCCGUCUUAAUGCCCUGUUCAUCUCUAUGCUUUUAUUGUUAGAAUAAGGCCGUGAACAAUAACAAAAGAUCAAUUGUAGAAACUAAAAUAUUUGAUUUAAUUGUUUUGUAUUAUAUAUUUUAUAAGUAGUUAUUAAUAGCAAUCAAUCUCGAGUCUAACAAAGAAGAUUCUAUUUAUUAACAAAAUAUACUGUGAUUCGUGUUUGAAAGUGACCGACUGAGGUUUUAGUGUGCAGUUAGUGAGUGCUCAUGUUGAUGAAUUUCUAAGUACAUUCUUGUUGUAAUACCUGCCUAAUGUAAUAAGAAAAAUAUUUUUAUAUUGUUUAAAUAAAGUACAUUAUAACUGUUUUUAAAAAAAGUUUUCUAUUUCCUACAUAAUAUAUAUAUAGAUAAAAUCCACAUGGUGCUAAUUUUAAAGAUUCUGGCUAAAGAAAAGAUGUUGCUAAGUACAUCAAUGUAUUCUGUGUCACUAAAUUCACACAUCAUUAUGAAAUUCAGGUCCAUAAAAUAUAUUAUAUGAUGAUACUCAGUUAAAUUGGUAAUUAAAUACAAUUAGCAGAUUGAAAUAAAAUAUUAAAAUAGCUCUUCUCUAAUAUAAACCUACAUUUGAUAUAAUCAAACAAUAAAAUAAUAUAUAUAUAUAGGUGUGGUUAUAAAAAUAAUUGGUUUAUAGUUUGUUUUCAUAUUAUGUACUCACUUCGUAUUUAGGAAGAUAUCGAGAUGACCCUUUAACAUGUCUCUUGCGAACAAAGAAGAGUAAGUCAUCACAGUCUAUAGACUGGUCUUCCUGGAACAGGAAGUGGCGCACAAACAAGUCAGUCCAAUAUGUGGUUCCUUGAAGUACUACAAAGCCAGAUUCUGAAAUAUUUAGGAUUAACUGAUGCAGCAGUGAUAUAUUUGUACCAUACCACACAAACAGCAUCUUACUUGCACUGCACAUCUUAUAUUUUCCCCGUGUUUAUCAAAGUCUUAAAUAUUAAAUUAAUGGAGAGUACGAAGUUACGUAGGCAGAGUGCCUUUGUUAUAUGUUUAUUUAAGCUUAAUGUUAAUGCUACGCCUUAAAAUGUGUUUUAAUAUAUAUAUAUAUAUACGUGUGUAAUUUAAUAAUCGUCAAUGUACUAUUUUUGUGGCUGCACUAAAUAUGUCCCAAUUCAUGUAUUGAUUUAGAAUAUUUUUUUACUGAACAAUGAUUGCCAAGGCUUUUAAUACAUAUGUAUAUAGUAAUAAGAAGGUAUAUGGGAAGGAAAGAAAUAUAUUGAAGGAAAAGAAAAAGUUAAAGUUUUGUAUUAUUAAAUACCUUAAUGUCUCUGUACAGUCACAAUGGCAAAAAAAUUUUUUGUUGUUUUUGAAUUUGUUGCUAAUAUGUUCAUAAUAGUUUGAACACAAAAUUGUUAUUUUUACUCAAAUAAUUAUACCGAUAUAAUGCUAGGACAAAUUGUUUGUGAUAUCCAAAAUUUGUAUUUUUCAUUCGAUUUGUUGAUAAUUUAUAACAUAACAUUCCAAAUAGUUUUAAGUUGCAUUUUGAAUGGGUAUUCAUCAAGUUCAACAGUAGGCACUAUUAUUACUUUAAAGACUAUUGUGAAUGUCAUAACUCAUAACAUAACUACACAAAAAUUCUGUUACAUGUUGUUGUAAAUACCAGAUCAAUAAAUUGUUUCUAUAUAU